CUAUGGAACCUUUUACUAUUGGUUUUAAUUCCCUUUGCAAGGUUCAACUCUACAUGACUUUUAGCCUUUCUCACUUUAUCUCUACAUGUUGUGACCUCAAUAAGGUAGCUUUCCUUGCUGAUCCCUCCCAUCUUCCACUCCUUGUAUGCUUUCUGCUUUUUCUUAAUCACCUCUCUGAGAUGCUUGCUCAUCCAGCUUGGUCUACAACUCCUGCCUACGAAUUUUUUCCCCUUUCUUGGGAUGCAGGCUUCUGAUAGCUUCUGCAACUUUGACUUGAAGUAAUCCCAGGCCUCCUCUGCCUUUAGAUGCAUAAGUGCUUCAGUCCAAUCCACUUCCUAACCAAUUUCCUUAACUGUUGAAGUUAUUUCUGGCACUGAGAGAGCUGGAAGGAAGUCAGCAUUACACACGUUACUAUUUGGUCUUGGAAGGUCUGAGAACCCUCUAAACUCUUGGCUGAGAAUUGGCCCUCUCCCUUUUAUAUAAAAGCUUUUUGCUUUCCUGUUAAAUUAAUUAAGCUUCUAUUUUGUCUUCCUUGUAUCAUGUUGCCUGCCCCUAGCCUUUUCAUCAGGACAUGGGUUCAAUAAGCAUCAUUUACAAUGUCAAACUUAAGUUACUACUGUUUAUUUUCAGAAUUCAGUCUGUCUGUUCAAUUCCAUGCGUCACUGUGGAGCCAGUAGUAUUAGCCUUAAGAAGCCGAAGGAAAACAUCAGUGGGGUUAGCUAACAACCCUCACAUUAGAAUUGCUUUUAAAAAAGGUAUCCUGCUCAGUGUUUCUUCCACGUCUCCUAAUGUAAGAGAGAAGGUAUGGUCUAGUGGUAAUAGCCAGAAAAUUAGGAGUCAGGGCUCCUGCAGUUUUGGAUGUCAACUCCAUAGAGUUUGAGAGACUCAUGAGAGUUGAACAGUUGAGAGUAGAUGACUCUGGGGAGGUUUUUUAAUCUAGGUAAUUGAGGGGAGUCUGCAAAAUCAAAUGUUGCAUCUUCCUGCAGAUCCAUGCAAUCUGCCAUGGAGGUCUACACCUGAGAACCCAUUUGUUGUACUGUGACCUUUUACUGGACACCUUACUAUGUCUGAGAGGGUUGAGUGACACUGCUGUGGCUUGGGGAUAUAAAGGUUCAAGGGGGACUAAUUACUACAAUUUGACUCUGUCAGUUCCAGUUGUAGGUAGGAGUAGGAACACAUUGUUCUUUGGGAGUUGGACAGGCCCAAGAUAUUUUGUUACUGAUUCCUUUAGUCACAGCUGAAGUGUCUUCUCAACAGUUCUGGGUGUCAGCUGAUAAAGACCCUGCUCUCCAUUUCAUGCUGUUCAGUGGAUGAUCAGAGGCUAAUGAGGUUAACAUAGUCCAUUAUUUGAUUAUGGAUAAGGCGUCUGAUGUUGCAGCUGGAACCUGGUUGGAUGCUGCUGCAGUGCCAGGGUAGCCCAGAUGUCAUCCAGUGGGUACUCAGUUCAUCAUGAUGAUUGAGGAGGCAGUGUUGUCAUGUUGGAGACAGUUGAUAUUAAAUGUAGUCCUCCCACCCAAAUCCAAAUCUAAUACAGCAUGUGCAGUAUGUGGGAUGGAGUUAAAAUAGAACUGGUGCUGGCAUAGUGCCUUAGAAAUGCCUAUAGAUUAGAUGUAAAGAUCCCUCACAGCUCCAGAGUCUCUGCUUGAGCUGACCGUUCCUCUUCGCAGAAGUAACACAGAAGCUCUCCAGAAUGAUUCUCAGCCUAGCUCAAAAUUCCUUGGUUGCCAUAUACCAUGGUCCAAAUAGUUGCCAUGCGAUGUGGGGGAUCUUCAGAAUUCAGUGGGUCCUGCAGUUUCUCUCUUUAGACCACCACACUGUAUACUGACAUCCAAAUCUGUUCUCCUAUGAUCUAAUCGCAGUAAUAACCAGUAACAGUGAAAGUCGGCAUUCUCCUUUGACCAGUUCCAUGCCAUAUGCCCAUUUACAAUCUUGCCAGCAGAGGUGUAGACCAGAGAUCAAACAAGAGCUUCCCCCUUGAACUGAGCAAUGAGAAAAUGACAAAAAAACAGCUGGGAUUGAGGGCUACCUCUAAUCUCCUUUGCAGCAUCACAGGAUUCUGGGCCACAUUUAAGAGUUCAGGAUGCCUGCAGCAGAUGACUGACACCCUUUUGGAGGAAGACAUAACACAGGCAGGGGUUCAGGUGAACUGCUGAGCUGGAUGGAGAAUGGGAGUGGGGAGCACAGGAGGAAAUCCCCAAAUCCCUUUGUCUAAUAGUAAUGUAGCUAGGUGUGUCCCUUCAUUUCUAGCUACUAGUCAACAAAUAUAUGCAGACACAUGCUCAGCAUUACACCAUAGAACUGAAGAGCAAGUGAGGGCUGGGGAAUCAAACUCACAAUUUAUAUUGGCUACUGACCAUCUUCAGAAAGGUCAGUAGUCUACAAGAUAACCUCAGCAUUUGAACGUCUUGGUCUUUCUUACUCACAGAGGAUGUUAAAAAGAAGCCAGCACCCAUGUUACUGAAAGCAGCUUUCUAAACUCUGCUCAAGUGAAUGUGAAAUUGCAGUUAAUUAAAUUGGGUAUUUGAGAGCCCUCUGCUGGUGGCCACAUUGCUGAAAACAUCAGCUUGUAAAAUAUUUUCCAUAUGGCUUUAGCCAGCUGAAAACUGUUACUCUUUAAAUAUUUCGGUUAAGUACAGAAGAAAAGAACUUUUAUCCUGAGUGCUAAACAUGCACAAUGCUGCAGCAGAUAAAUAAUUACUAGCAUUCUUCAUCUUCAUAGUGCUUUAUAAACAUGAGCUAAUUAAUUUUCAUAGAACCCCUGUGAACUGUAAUAUUAGCCCCAUUUUAUUGAUGGGGAAACUGAAAUAGAAAUUAACUUGUGACCAAACCAAGGUGUCACAGCGAGUCAAUGUGAGAAAUGCAAUUACAACUAGUUUCUGGCCCCAAUCGUGUGCUUAGACCGCUAUCCCAUGGAACCUUUCACUCCAGUUAAACAGAAAUGUUUUUCUAGAUAGAGACAAGCCAAUGCUGUGUACAGAAGGACCCCUCAGAAGCUAGAUUGGCACAAGUUGGGGCUCACUACCCACCAUGAAGACUGUGGGUAGGAUUCUCACAUCUGGCUAAUCUGCAGGGCCUGUGGAGGAGAGGAAGGCAGCUUGAAGUCACUUUUUACUUCCCAAUCCAGGGGCUGACUGGGAGUUGGUUUGGUCCUUGGCAUGAUUUAGACCUGCCUAAAUUUUAUGCCAACAGUAACAGUUUCCAAGGGGCUUCAGCAACUCCUCUUUUGAUCUCCAACAUGCCGUCUACUCUGGCAAGAAGCCAAGUAGAUGGCAUAAAGCCAGCUAUGUCAGGUUUCUGAUAUACAGGGCUUCCCCCAACCCAGGAGUGAUCAAAUCUCGGGCUUUAGUUUGAUCCAUUAUAAAGAUAAGGGCUAUCUGGAAAAUUCUGAUCUGGGUUCAGAUUUUGAAAUCACCCACCACCAUAAACCCAAUUUUGGCCCUGCCCCAAGUUGGGCCCAUCUCUAAAUCUGACACAAAUACUUCUCUCAUUUGAAUAAAGCAGAAUUAGAAAGAGACCCACUCAACUGUACUGUAUAAAAAAAAAUCCAUGAUAUUGACAAGAUGCCAUGUUGUAAAGGGGACGGUUUAAAACAGCUAAAGGGAAUCUCUCCACACCACAAAUGCCCCACAGAAGUCCCCUAGAUUGGUUUGUGAACCAAAGAGGGGCAAGAAAAAAGCUAGUUAGUGUUCAUUACAUGUUGACUAAUGUAAUACAGCUAGUCCUUUCUCCUCCCCAUGUUAUUUUAUAGCUGUCAUACCUCUGUUCUUUUGCUCAUUUGCUGCCUGACCACCAUCUUUUUUUAAACAUAUGGAAUUACUUUGAUCAGAAAUACCGGGUGAGGGAUUUUUUUCAUAUCUGCAUUAGAAGGAGUGGAUCCUGCCGCAUAUCUGCUAUCAGAAUCCAUUUCAGUGGCAGAUGGCAGCACAGUUUUUGUUUUUUUUCCACGUGAUAAGGGCAAUGGCACCAUAACAUAGAAAGCAGGGGUGAAGUUACGCAUGAGCUUAGGUGACCACUAGUUUCCGCUGCCCCCACAUGCAGUGAAAUCCCUUUGCUGAUAUUAAUAAAAAGCAGCAUAACCCUUUGGAAGGUAAGAGGGUGUUUUUGGGUCAAGGGUGCCAGUUGUUAGCAUUCUAGUCUCUUUGGAGAGAUCUUUGUGUCUUGUUUCAGAGAAUGAUGGUGAGAGAAAUGGUUAGGAUAUGUGAUCUAGGAGAAAGCAACAGAGUCUUGGGAGAAACACAGGCAUUCUGGGGGGUGGGGGCAGGAAUGUACAGACUAAUUAUGCAGGAGGGAAGACAGAGAUUCUACUUUAUAAAUAUAAUCCUGUCUGCUGGCUCUGACCUGUGGCCAUGUUCACUCUUUGCUUCUGACUUAAGUUACAGUGGAAAGAUUGUUUGUUUGAAUCAGUUCUUGGUUUUUUCCCCAGCCUCGGCCUGACUUCUGGGUUUGCUUGGCUCUUGAUUCCACUUAGUGCCUCAGGGCUCUGAGUGUCCCUUAGUUAUGCUAGGGACACUAACCUGGAGUUUGUGGGGAAUAAUAAGAAUAGUUGGUGACUCCUGGCUAUAGGAACCUUCUGGGAGGAGAAUCUUGCAGCAAAGAAUCUGGACCAUUUUAAUUAGACUUCAAUUUUAACACUGGAAUGCUGUCUGCCCAAACCGGGACUUCAAACUGGGGCAUGCUGGUGAAGAACUGCUUGCUGUACAGAUGGCAUCCAGGUGAUACCCAGUUUUUUAGUCUGGAACCUGACAUCACUAGGCAUUUACUUCUGGACGAGUCCUGUCCCAGGCAUCUCUGACAUCCAACCAUUUAGUAAAAAUAUCAUGUUGAUAGAAAGGAAGUGUGUGCACCCUUUAGAAUUUGUUUUGAGGGAGUUCUCAACCAUUUUAAAUUAUCCCCUUGGUCAACUAUCUCCAUCUGAGCUGAUUACCAGAGCAACCUCCAUUCCUAUCAGAGGGUUCAGUUAUUUCACAGAAUAUACUAAUAUUAGAUGGUCCAGGUAAUCCAGAACAUUGUAUGCAAACCUCUUUCAGAAUUUUGGGGAAGUUCUGAGUGAGCAUUCAGAGCUGGAUUCAAGCUUCAUAACUUUGAUCUAUCUUUGUAAGGGAUUGAGCUGGGCUGUUCAGAUUUGGAUCCAGGCUCUCUCUCUAUUUGAUAUGCCAUCAUCUGGGGGGGAAUCUAAUAAAGGAAGAUGAUUUCUGUUAUCUUCCUGCUGAAUUUUAAGAUUUGGUGCUUUGGAAAUUUAUGUUGGCCGUUCUGUUCCUUUAUCCAUACACAAUUUCAAAGAAAUAGUCUGGUCUCCCUCCAUCCCUACUUCUAGUUUUGUCAUUACCCUUAGUAGCAAUGAAAAGGAAUGUCUACACUGUCCAUGUUACAGCGCGGCAGCGCUGUGACAUAGGCAGUGUAGACACGCUUUAUCACCGGGGGAGAGCUCUCCCAGCAAUAAUAAUAAUAAUUAAAAAAAAAACAAAAAAAAAGAACCCCACCCCGAAUGAGGGGUCGUAGCUUUAUCGCCAGGAGCACAGCUCCCGGCAAUAAAGCACUGUCUAUACUGAUGCUUUUCAGUACUACAACUUUUGUUGCUCAGGGGUGUGUUUUUUCACACCCCUGAAUGACUAAAGUUUUAGAGCUGAAAGUGGCAGUGUAGACACAGCCUACGCCUUUGUUGUAUUGAUGCAGGGUGGUUAGUCUGGUGCACAGGAAAUGUAUUGUUUUUUCAGGUCUCUUCCCUACACAAGUAUUCUUCAACUUUAUUGCUCUGAAGUCAAUUUCCUACACGUAGUACACUUUAAACAAAGCUAAAUUACAAACAAACAAGCCACCAAAAGAGAAGUCACUGUGAGUUCAUGCUAAGAUUAGAAAAGAAACUUGGAGAACAGUUCAGCUAUGUGACCUUAUUCAGGAGUUGGACACGGAACAGACUUGCUGCUAUGUUUUUCUCUACAGUUUGCAACGCACACAGAGAAGAACUUGGUCAAUCCCAAAACAAGGCCAGACCCUUCAGUUUGUUCCCAGAGUGGGUUCCAGCAAUAGCAUAGCUAGGAAAAUGCUUUCCCAGCUCACAGCCAUGCUGGGUAUUGACAUGAAAUUGAGCUAUGUGUCGAUUUCCUUAAAAAUCCACCUGUAGUUUCAGCGGGAUACAACAUUGAUUUUCUGUUGUGCACUGUUAAAUACCUGCCACCUUCCACCCAAGAGGUGGAUGAAGUGAUUCUUUAUAAAUAGCUUUUAAAUCCGCUAGUAGAGCACUUUAGGAUCUUCAGAUGAAAGCUGCUAUAUAAAUAUCAGUCAUUAUUAUCAUUGCAUUGCAGGAAAGCACUGGGGAAACAAAUAUCUCCUCAAAAACCAAUUCUCCAGGCUCAUGGCCCUGGAAAUUCAGGUAGAACUAUGGUGAUGUGUGUAGUAGGAAGGCUUAGAUAAAACAGAUAAUAGACUGGCUACCCUCUGUCUAAAGGAGUUUCUCCCUUCGCAAACAGUUCCCCUUUUCCAUUUGCAAUGUGUAUUUGCCACCUUUUGUGUCACAGCGUAGCACCAUCCCAACUAUUGACUAAUCUUGAAAAUUCCCCAAAAGACUAGAAAAUCGUUUAACUAAUUUCCUGUAUCCUACUUCCACGCCCCCUCCUCUACUCACACAAACAUCAAACCCUUCCUCUGCUACAACUUGCACAUAAGUCUGUCACGGAGGUCACAGAUUGUGUAACUUUCCGUGACCUCCGUGACUUAUGCAGCAGCUGGUGUGGCUGGCUCCGGGGCUGCCCAAGCAGAUCAGGCAGCCCCUGGGCCAGCUGCACCAGCUGCUGCUGGGGCAGUUUGGGUAUGGACGGGGCUCAGGGCUGGGGCAAGUGGUUGGGGUGCAGGGUGCUGCUUACCUUGGAGGCAGGGGCUCCCCACAAGUGGCCAGUGUGUCCCUGCAGCUCCUGGGCAGAGGGGCCAGGGAGCUCUGCACGCUGCCCCUGCCUCCACAGCUCCCAUUGGCUGCGGUUUCUGGCCAAUGAGAGCUGCAUAGCAGGACCUUGUGGCGGGGGCAGUGCAUGGAGCUGCCUGGCCUUCCCUCCCCCUAGGAGCUGGAGGGACAUGCAGAACUGGUAGGGAGUCUGCCAGUCCUGCCCCCACUCCACCCCUUCUCCAAGCCCCUGCACACUCCUGUUCCUGCCCCACCUCUUCCCGCCCCUGCUCCCCUCCAUCUCCAUUCCACCCCUUCCACCAAGCCCCGGCUUCCGCCUCCUCCCCCAAAUGAUGCCAGGAGCUGUGGGGGCGGAGCAGGGCAGGCUGGGGCUGGGUUGCUUACUGCUGCCAGCACCAGGCUGCUAAACCCCCAGGCCGCCCUGGACCCCGCGUCCUGAAAUGCAGGGCCCACCAAAGCACAGGGCCUGGGGCAGUUGCCCCAGUUGGUCCUAUGGACGAGACAGCUCUGGUCAUCAACAAAAAUGAAAAACCGGUUUCCUGUCAGAGAGGAGCUGUAUAUCUAUCUACCUGUUUACAUGUGAAAUGAGUAUUGUCUUGUUCACAAUGGGUCUCCUAUCACUAGUCUGAACUGAAUGCAAAUAAAGGGUUGUGAGGACAUCAGAAAGAAACCAACAGAGAAAAACAGCUUGGGGGAGAGAAUCUUAUUUGGUGGUACAGAUCAAAGAUCUGCCUGAGUAUAUCUGAGUGAUAGAGAAGACACUCAGGCAGCCUUCACUAAGGAAGUAAGAGAAGGACAGCAGUUUUCUUCAUGAAAAAGGGGUCUCAACCAGCCUUGGAUGAAAAUGCUGAAGAGGACUUUGGGUGAGAUAAACUUCUUUAGAGGUUAAACUGUUAGUUAAGUUUAGUCUCUAGAAAGCAAGUUAUGAUUUUGCUUUUUAUGUAGCCAUUUGUUUCCAAUAUUCUUACUCACUAUUACUUGAAUCUCUCUUUUGAUAACAUAGUUAUAGUGAAAACAAGAGUAAAUUUAACUAAGCAAACUGAUAGUCCUAAACUGAAUCUUACAAGCUUCAGUGUACUGUUCCUUUGGGAACAGCAGGCCUGGUGAUUUUGGGAGUGUUCAGUGGAUAAAGGGCUGGAUGCUCCAGAGAAUGCUCUGAGUAUUCAGGGGUUGGUGUGUGUCUAUCACUACCUGUACAGAGAGAGCAAGGCCUGGAAAGUGGUGUUUUGCUGCUAGAGGCUGGUGGUUUCAGGGUACUGACCCACAACGGGCACAGACAAGACUAUUUCGUGCUAAGAGCAGGCAAUGGUGAGGUGCCUCACAACCCUGGGUACCCUUGGGGAGCAUCACAGGAGAGCAUAUGGGGGUAUCUGCAAAGGCUGGCAUUUCCAAUUGCUGCUGGGAAACCAGAUGACCCCUGGAUUCUUUUUGUUUAGAUUAAAAGUUAAUUAAUAUAAGUUACUCUUCCCUUGCAAAUAUUUAAGAGGUUUAAUAUUUAACUUAGUUAACAUUUGCUGUUAUCAAGGUUUUCAAGUGCUGUGUGUUGCCAUGUGUCACGGACUCAUAGGUCAUGCCCACUCUUGGCCCCAUACAGUCCCUGGGGGGAACCCUCUUCAGUGUAAAAAGAAAAGGAGUACUUGUGGCACCUUAGAGACUAACAAAUUUAUUUGAGCAUAAGCUUUUGUGAGCUACAGCUCACUUCAUCCUUCUCAGGGGUCCACUCUUGGGGGUUAAACCCCUCCACCUCUUGGAACCAUACCUCUCUGAACCUUUAGCACACCUGUCUCUCGCCGUGGGCCCCCUCAGGGAGUCCACUCGCUCUGGAACCCCAGGGCCUCCACUCCCAGAGGGAAUAAUGCAACCCUGUUCUCUAGACUGGAGCGACUCUCAUUCAGUGUAAAACAGGAGGGUUUAUUGAGCGUCUGAACACAGCAUAGGAAACUCUCAGGGCCCUCAGGCCUGGCCUCCCUCAGCACAGUACAUCUAAGUCUCCCCUACAUCCACGUGGGCUCUCUUUCUCUCCCUCUCCAGCUCAGAGACCUCCUGCUUUCCAGCUGGGCAUCCAAUAUCAUCUGCUCCCAAGCCCCGCCUUUCUCCUUUGUCUUUUGCCCAAGUAAACAGGGUCGCCUGGGCCUCCUCUCCUCUCAGCCAUCCUUUGUUCCCCACUAGCUGGACCCAGCUGGCCAGGUCACUGGGUCCUCUCUCUGCAACCCAUUGUCUUCCCACUGGCCAGAACCGUCUGUGUCGGCCGAGCUGGGCCUCCUGGUGACUCGGUCCCCAUCCGCUGAGGUAUCUAUUCUCCCAGCCAUUGGCUGGGGUCCCAAGUUCCAUCGCUGGGCCUCUGUAACAACAAACUCCCUCUCCCAUCAUCUCGUUAAACCAGUAACACCUGGGGAAACUGAGUCCCACCCCCUCUGUAUGCAAACUAUUGAAAAAAAAAACAAUAAAUACCCCCAUUUCAUCACACCAUGUCUUGUAGGAGACGUAAAGAAAAGACUCUAAAAGUCAUAGUUUUGAUCUAUUAAGACAUUUGUAACAGUCACUGGACUCUGUAACCAAUCUUCUCAUGGGAACAAAAUGCUUACACAUUAUUCAUUUCACAAUAAGACCUAGAAGCAGAAAGCACGGCCAAUAGUUAUUGACUCUGGUGGGAAUAAUGAGGUUUAAACAGGAUGGCCUCUUGGUACUUACUAAUGGAACUAUCCUUUAUUCAUACCCACUGUUCCUUGUCCCAGAUUGGUGUUUAAAUGGAGGCUGGUACAUUGCCUCCUUAUUUUGUCUGAGCUGUCCUUUGUGUGGUAGAUUGAUUCUCUCUGGCUCUGGGAUGAUUUUCCAGUGAUAACCUGGGGCUCAAAGCCAAGUUGAGGACUAGGUUAAUCAUUACUGUUUCUGGCUGCUGUGUGGUGUCUUUUUGCUAUUAAAAAUGAUAUACAUCACAAGACACAUGACAUUUUCUGUAAACUGUGAUACUCCCUCUUUUCCUCCCCUCCCAAUACUGUGGCUUUGCUUAUGGGACAUCUUAAAAGUUCUUAAGAGUGUGUUGUACCCGUGUGCUGGUUCUAGGUUAGCCAGGGAUUAGAGGCUGAGGGGGCCAGACGGGAUCUUUGUGACCAUCUUGUCUGACCUCCUGUAUAACACGGGCUAUAGAACUUCCCCCAACAUAGGACCUAUAGCAGAUCUUUUAGACCAACAGCCUGGGCAUGGCAGGGGCCGUCGCCCUGUAGUGAUUCUAAUGGGAACAGGGGGUAAGCGGAGGGCCUGCACAGCUCCAGAGGGUUGGUAGGAGAUGCACCCAUUCAGCGUUGGGUGCCAUCUACUCAGUGAGCGACAGGCUAGGCCAGAGGGGUACAUCCCAACCAACCCUGGGUGGGCGGCCACAAAAGAGUGCACAGGCCAUGGAGACGGACAGUGCCCCCACCCCAUCCCCGUGGCGGUGCUACCCCCAGGGCGCUGUGAGAGGCAGGUUGGCGGGGCUCUGGGGGACAAGCUGGCACUGCUUCUGCCCAGGUUGCAGCCAGUGAGCAACCAUCCCCGUGACCCCCCCACCAGGUCUCGCACGUCCAGCCCCUCAGCGGGCCCCUCCCGAGCAGGGGAACGCGCCAAAACCCCCCUGAGGGGUGGUGGCGGGGGCGUGUCCCGCGGGCCAACUGUCUCAUUCGGGGGAGUGCCGGGCUGGCCGCCGGGGCGUAACGGUCACUUAGCCUGCCCGGUCCCGUGCAGUCCGCUGGUGGCCACCGCUGCCUCCCUCGUCCUCGGAGCCGCCAUGGCGGGGGGUCUGGAUUCGCUGGAGAAAUGCCUGGAGCGGCACCUCCCCCCCGAGGAGCUCGGCGAAGUGAAGCGGAUCCUCUACGGGAGCCUGAGCAGGUGGCUGCACUGCACAGGCGAAUAGAGGAGAUCGUGGAGGUGGCUGCAAUGUGUGGGGUCAAUGUGAUCUGCUUUCAAGAGGCUUGGACUAUGCCUUUUGCAUUCUGUACAAGAGAGAAGCUUCCAUGGACUGAAUUUGCUGAGUCAGCAGAAGAUGGUCUGACAACAAGGUUCUGCCAAAAGUUGGCAAAGAAACACAAUAUGGUUGUGGUGUCUCCAAUUCUGGAGAGAGAUGAUGUACAUGGAGGAACUUUGUGGAACACUGCAGUGGUGAUUUCAAACUCUGGAUCUGUCCUUGGGAAGAGCAGGAAAAAUCACAUUCCAAGGAUUGGAGAUUUUAAUGAGUCUACUUACUAUAUGGAGGGCAACACAGGGCACCCUGUGUUCCAGACUCAGUUUGGAAGGAUUGCUGUGAAUAUCUGUUUUGGGCGCCAUCACCCCCUGAACUGGCUCAUGUACAGUCUAAAUGGAGCAGAGAUUAUCUUUAACCCUUCAGCUACUACUGGAGAGCUCAGCGAGUCACUGUGGCCAAUUGAAGCAAGAAAUGCAGCUAUUGCUAACCACUGCUUUACGUGUGCCAUAAACCGAGUUGGAACGGAAUACUACGUGAAUGCAUUUACAUCUGGAGAUGGUGGAAAAGCCCACCAUGACUUGGGAUAUUUUUAUGGCUCGAGUUAUGUGGCUGCACCGGAUGGCAGUCGAACACCUGGACUGUCUCGCACACAGGAUGGACUUUUGGUGGCUGAGGUGGAUCUAAACCUUUGCAGGCAAGUUGGUGACAAAUGGAGUUUUAAGAUGACUGGUAGAUACGAGAUGUAUGCAGAGGAACUCAUGAAGGCUGUCCAGCUUAACUUUGCACCCAAUAUUAUUAAAGAGUAACUGUGGCGGUGUCCUCUGGUAGGAGAGCUCUCACACCAAGAUGAUAGCACCUCCUUUAUAAAACAAAAGUGAUCUAUGUAUGUUAGUCUACAAAAGUCUCCACCUUCUAUUAUCUUACAGUUGGUAUUGCAACUGAAACUUGGCUGCUAAUCAAAGUGAAAAGUGACUGCUAGUCAAAAGUUACUAUACAUUUUUAUAAAGCAUUUACUGCAAAGUGAUGAACAAAUGAUAGAGGGCAGGGUGAGGAACUCACCUGGUCAGAUUUAGCUUAAAUUCUGAAAUGUGCAUUACACUGUAUGAGGUGUUGGUGAAAAGGUGAUAUAGCAUAAGCAAAACCAGUCUGGCCCUGAGGAAAUGCUAGUGCGCUUUCCCUACAUGCUUGGUUGCAGUGGGAUAAAAAUGUCAAUGCUUAAAGGCUUUGUCUGAGACCUUCUGACACAUGUAGUCUCCUUUUCUUUGGACGCUGAAUCAGUCAUAUGGUUCAGAAGAGUAUCAGGAAUACAAGCAUUGGCUCUUGGUACUUCCCAAAAGGAAGCGCUAGAUAAGGAACUGACUGUAUUUCCCCUCACUUCACAUGAUAACUUUACAUUGUCACAAGUAGCUGAACGCUCCUGCUGUCACACAGGUGUAAUUUGUUAAGUCAUGUUUAUGAAAAAGCCAAAAAUGGCUCUAAACAAAAACUGCCAUUCAGCUAUUCUUGUAGCUCUUUCCAUUCCUUCACAUUGACGCAGACAUUGUAAGCUUCAGAGUGAUGUUUGGGGUUAGUGUGCCUGCUGGUUGUGUCUAUUUGUGUGUGGGUUGUGUCGUGCUGGGAGAGUUGUGUAGAUUUCUCCAGGCUGGGAAUGAGGAGGGUGGCUGUAGUGAGAGGCUACGUGUGUUUGGGAUUCUUGUGUGUGGGUUACGUUGUGUUGGGAGAUUUUUGUUGAUUUUUAUGUCUGUGGCAGUUGGGCCAAGUAAUCCAGCAUUUGUGCAGUUUCCUUAGUACAGCCAAUGAAAUUAUUGCAUGCAAAUUAGCUGUAGAAUAAGGUUGGUUGGUUGCGUUACCUCUGAUAUCACAAUGGUCUCGAACUCUUGGCAUAGAGAUGCAUGCCUUACUAUAGCUGUGCACCACACAGGUGUAAUACGUAAGGUCAAAAUGGCUGAGAACUUAAAAAUUGGAUGGUAGUAGGCCAUGAAACCCAGUGAUGAUGGAACCUGGUGAUAUUCUAAACAAACAGAGCUUUCAAGCCAUGCUUGGACCUGCUGCCAUUGCUUCACACUGACUCAACAGACAUUUUAGGCUUCAGAGUGCCAUUCCUAGAAUCUUCUUAUAUGGAUGCUGCCACACUACAUAUUGCAGCUUGGGGACAUUGUACCUCUUAGGUUAUUUAUCUUGCUGGGGAGGUAAUGCCCUUAGCCUUGCUGUUCCACCAUCUGACUCCUUAGAGCCGGGGUGCCAAACAUAUGGCCCAUAAUCCUGCAGAGCCCACCAGAGCAUUCAUAAGGCCCACAGCGGGACUCAGGCUGUCAGCCCUGGGUGGCAGGACUCCCGCUGUUAGCUGAAAUCUUAUUAAAAUAUGUAGAAUCUGUUUGGCCCACACAAGGUUGUCUUAGAUUUCUGUGGCCUUCUAGUAUAAUAAGGUUGGGCACCACUGCCUUAGAGAAUUGGUGUAUCUAAAUUGGUGGUUUAAAAAAAUGAACUGCAUAUCCCAUGUAGUAGUUUUACAGGGGAAAAUACAAAAGGAAAAUAUCUGGCCAAAAACGGAGUGGCUGAAGUUAGGUUCUUAUGUCGGUGCUCAAAUAAGGAUUUAGGAGCCUAAUUUUUGGCAACCAUUUUUAACUCUCUCUGGUGAAGAAAGAUUUAAAAUGAAAUGUGUAUGGUUUGGCUUGGCUUAGUGAAGAUGAAAGGGACCUGGGGGCUAUAGAAAAACCUUUGAGUGAGCCAAGGGUCUAAAAGUAUAUAGGGCCUGGUCUACAGUACGUGGUUAUUUUGGAAUUAGCCGAGUUAACUCGAAAUAAAACUGAUUUCGUCCACAUGACCAAACCAGUUUUUUUGAUUUAAAGGGCUCUUUACUCCAAUUUCUGUACUCUACCUCGGCAAGUGGAGUAGCACUAAGAUGGAAUAAAAAUGAGAAGAAGAUUUGUUUGUAGAACUCCCAAUAAAAAAAUUUAAGGGUAUCAUUUUCUUAAGAGAAUUGGUGGAAGUUCCCUUGUUUGGGACACUUAUGACAAGUGAUCAGUAAACAGUGUGAGAAAGUAAUCCCACAACGGCAGGGGGUACUUUGUAGACCUUUUCCAGUGCUAAAACCAAAUUGGUCUGUAACACCAGAGUAACUCCCAUUGAAAUCAAAGGCAUUAUUCUGUUUUAUACUGAUAAAAUUUAGUUCAGAAUCUAGCCUCUAAUAUCCAAUUUGUAUCGUAACCAUCUUAUUGCUCUGCAAUUUUAAAAAUCUCAGUCAAGCAGGAUUAAAUGCUACACAUUCUAUUAGGGCUUUACUCUAAACUCCAUGAAGCUAUUAUGAAUGUUGCUUUCUAGAGAAUUGAUUAGUUUGGCCGUGAAGGACAGAGACAACUUUGUAGCGAGACAUCUUUUUAUAUUACAGCCAAGCCAAACAGAACUCUAACAGUGUUCAGUACUUUAUAAUGGAAUGUAUUACUAUUGCAGACUUCCAUAGCACUUCAGGAUUUUGUUGUCUUAUUUUCCUGUAGCCAGUUUUUAAAUACAGGCAACUAAAGCUUCUAAGCAGGGCCCCAAAUGACAUUAAGGAAAAAAAAAAUGAAGGCGGCUGCCUAGGAAGUUUUUUCUGUAGUAUAGGCAAGUAGCUUCCAACCUUCAGUCCGGUGACUGUCCCACCAGAAAUACAGCCAUUGCAUGAUGCAUGGGUAUAACAAAUGCUAGUGGAAUUCAUUCAGUAUCACGUGCAGGAACAGACCGUGUGAUGUGAGUGGGGAAAAGGGGGUGAGGGUGGGGGGGUCAGUAGAGAGAAAGAAAUGUAAUAUUUUAAAGUUUUGUUCGUAACAUGCAUUGGAUCUGUCUGCUCACUUUUAAUUUCCUGUCUCUCCCCGUGUCACCCCCACAUUAAGCACUUAAUCCAAGCAGCACAAGAAAGCAGGGAACCCCAGCUCUGUGGCAAAACUAACUGCCUGAAAUGCUUGUAAGCAGCAGGACUGGUUCUCUCUCUCCAGGGGGGUAUUUUUGCCUAUCUUCUGUUAUCUCUCUGUAUAGCACCACCGCCAGGUUGAGAUUUGGCCAUAUUUAUUUUUUAUACAAUUUAACUGUAGAGUCUGGGAUUUAAUUGCUUUCCUUCUAUUGUUUUGUAUUAUAAAACAUUUAAUACAGCCCACCUAGAACCAGAUAGUGGCUCCAAACAGGACGUGACUACCAGUUGGGAAUCACUGGUGCAGAUAAGGCUUCUGUGUAUUGAUCCCAUUAAAAGUAUGUAAACACUAGCAAAUGAAACUAUUGCAAGGAUGAUGACAGGACAUUACGGUUUAUCACCUAGUUUGACCUUGCAGCAAUUUAGCACAUAUACCCACCCCAUACCAUACCACCAUAAGUUGAACCAAUGCUUUUGGGUACUCCUGUAGUACCCAGUAAUGGUGCUAGAGGCACAGAGGCUAUUAAGGAACCUCCAAAGGCCCAGCAUUGCAUUGUGAGAUGGAAUUAGAAGGAGCAGCUGAAUUGGUGCAGCAGUUGCAAUUCUUGUGGCUUCUUUCAAACAAUGCAGAGAAAUUGGUGUAGACUGCACCAGUGCAGAGCAGAAGACCUCAACCAAAGAGUUGCACUCAGCUAGGAUACCCACUGGUUGUGUGAUGCCUGAGACAAAUGUAGGGUGUGGAUAGCAACAGUACAUGGAAUGCUUUGAGCUGGGAAUGUAACCAGUUUUGCUUCCCUUUUUGUUUGCCCAUUAUAGUCUGAUGUAAUGAUGUGUCUGGGAAAAGUGAAAGGAAUAUGACCCUAAAUCCUAACGAUAGCAUACCCACAGCUGAAGUAAAUAUUUGUCUCUUAAGAGUUUCAAAAUGGCAGUUUCAGUUAAUUGUAUCAUUUUUAGUUUAAUAUAUAUUUCUUUUAAAGAUCUUCACACAUUUUUGCAUAAUAAACUGGUUGACAAAUACAGCUGCUACUGCUACACUAUGCUAUAGGGUUCACUUAAAACCUUUAUUGAGAAUGGCUCAAUUACAGAAAAAAUAUAUUUAUGUAUAAAAUUUCUCUGCAUGUAAAAUAUCCCUUUCUUUGCUGUGGACAAUAUGAAUAAAACAAGGUAUUACACAGAAA